ACUGCCAGCUUCUUGUGUUCCAGGGUGUGGAUCUGUCGGGUGCGGACCUGUCUCGGCUGGACUUGCGGCACAUCAACUUCAAAUGGGCCAACCUGCGCAAAUGUCGCCUAACGUGGGCCAACCUGAGUUACUGUUGCCUCGAGCGUGCUGACCUUACUCUGGCCAACCUCGAAGGUGCGCAACUAGUUGGGGCCAAAAUGAUGCGUGCCAACAUGGAGGCAGCCCACCUGCGCUCUUGCAACAUGGAGGACCCUGCCGGAAACAGUGCCAACCUCGAAGGAGUGAAUCUGAAGGAUGCUGAUCUGGAUGGUAGCCAAAUGGCCGGGGUUAACCUCAGAGUGGCGACACUGAAUAAUGCAAAUCUGCAGAACUGCCAUUUGCGCCAAGCCAUCCUCGCUGGUGCUGAUCUCGAGAACUGCAACUUGUCUGGAAGCGACCUACACGAAGCGAACCUUCGGGGUGCCAACCUCAAGGAUGCUGUCAUGGAGCUCAUGUUGACACCACUGCACAUGGCUCAGGCCAUCUGAUGACUGCUGUGUGUGUGUGUGUGUGUGUGUGUGCAGUGGUGUGUUUUCCCAGUGGAUUGCUAUCUUCCUCACUCUGAUGAAAUUGUUAUCAGGCGGCCCAUGAUGGCAGUGUGCAAUCUGUUUCAGUCUAUUUUUAGUUGCAUAUUGCCUAAUAGUAUUUAGUACCAGCUACUUGGUGUGCAUUUGGAAACAUGAGUUUGUAUUUUACAUUUGUUCUUUGCUUUGCAUGUUUCCUUGUUUUCAUUGCUUUAUGUUAACCUUUUUAAUAGCAAUAACUGUAGAAAGUUGUAGGAAGUCCAGAUGUUAAUAUAUGUUUGUUACGGAGUGCUUCUUGUGACAGCCUCAUGAUGUCGACAAACACACAAAAUAUAUCCGCAACUCAAUCCUUAUAUUUUUCUUUUCUUUUUUUUUCUGAGCAAGUACAAAGUCAGGGGUGUAUUUAACUAACUAUGCAAAUUUCAUUUAAGAAUGUUUUAAUGCAUAAACACAACUUUACAAGCAUAAAUAAUUUUUUAUGAUAUAUCCACUUACCUUACAUAAACUAACAUUAACCUGUGUGACAAUGGGGUGAUGCAAAAGGAACAGAAAACAUUUCGUUUGAAAUGUGAGCACAUGACAAGUGUUCUCUCUCCAGUCCUUUCUGUGUGAAGUGUGGAUCACUCUGCAGUUAUAGCUCAGAUAUUCAAGCACUUAGCAUUUCCUGUGUAUGCAAUCUGCAACACAAUUAGGGCUUAGCCUUCUCGUGUAAAUGUCACAUGUAUCUUAAUUCCAGAACUCAUACACUUGAGAGACAGUUAAACUAAAAAGACGGCAAGUCCUUGCUAAUACAUUAAUUUUUUGGUCACAGCCUUCACAGUCACAGUUUAUUAAUAAUAAUAAUAAUAAUAAUAAU